AUGAGCUCCCCAUCUGCCUCGGAUGCAGCUGCUCAUAAACGAAAAAGGUCUCCCUCGCAGACCCCAGAGGCGGACGGUGCGCCACCUUCAAGUCGAAGAAGAGCGAGGUCUCCAUCUGAGGACUCGGGAUCUGACUCGGAAGGACCAUCACCACCCAAGGACGGAAAGCUCGAGGCGCGCGUAGCAGCCAUGGACCUCGACAAGGCAGAGGACGAGGCCAAGUCAACAGCGCUCGUCAAGGCGGCGGAAAAAGAAAAGGAAAAAGAGUCUGCUCAAAGGGCAGAGUUUGCGAAGCUUCUGAAUACCCGUUCUGGAGGUGUGUAUAUCCCCCCGGCGCGGCUGCGCGCUAUGCAAGCCGCGGCCUCGUCCGACAAAAGCAGCCCUGAAUACCAGCGUCUUUCGUGGGACGCCCUCCGCAAGUCGAUUACCGGUAUUGUCAACAGGGUCAACGUCACCAACAUCAAGCUCAUUGUCCCGGAACUGUUCAACGAGAAUUUAAUCCGAGGACGAGGACUGUUCGCGCGAAGUGUGAUGAAAGCUCAGUCUGCGAGUUUGCCUUUUACACCGGUUUUCGCGGCACUUGUGGCUAUCAUCAACACCAAGCUGCCUCAAGUUGGAGAGUUGGUUCUCACUAGACUUAUCAGCCAGUUUAGGAGAUCGUUCAAGCGCAAUGACAAGUCUGUCGCACACGAAAUCAUUGCCCUUCAAAUUCUCGUUCUCCUCCUCGAGCGACCUACCGACGACUCCAUCGAAAUUGCCACGGGUUUCACUCGCGAAGUUGGCGCUUUCCUCGCUGAAAAUUCUCCCAAAGCAAAUGCAACCGUUUUCGAACGUUUCCGUGCUGUGCUGAAUGAAGGCAAAAUCAGCACUCGUGUGCAGUACAUGAUCGAGGUCUUGAUGCAAGUCAGGAAGGAUAAGUACAAGGAUAACCCUAUUCUGCCGGAGGGACUGGAUUUGGUUGAGGAGGAUGAGCAGAUUACGCAUUCGAUUCAGUUGGAGGAGGAGUUGCAAGUUCAAGAAGGACUCAAUAUCUUCAAAUUUGAUCCUAAUUACCUCGAAAAUGAAGAAAAAUACAAGGCUAUCAAAGCUGAGAUUCUUGGUGAAGAUUCUGACGACGAAUCAGGAUCUGGUUCCGAGGAGGAGUCUGAUGAAUCCGAUGAUGAAGUGGCCGAAACGAAAGAAGGCAUCGAAGACAGAACUGAGACCAACCUGGUCAAUCUACGCCGUGUUAUCUAUCUUACUAUCAUGAAUGCUCUCAACUACGAAGAAGCCGUCCACAAGCUGCUCAAAGUACAGUUGCAAGAAGGACAAGAAAUUGAACUCGUCAACAUGAUUAUCGAGUGUUGCUCCCAGGAGCGCUCGUACUCGACUUUCUAUGGCCUCAUCGGCGAACGGUUCAGCAAGUUGAACCGCGUAUGGACUGACUCGUUCGAACAGGCCUUCCACAACUAUUACACUACUAUCCACAGAUACGAGACCAACCGUCUGCGAAACAUCGCGCGGUUCUUUGGACAUCUGUUUUCGACGGACGCGAUUUCCUGGAUGGUGUUUGAAUGUGUCAAAAUUAACGAGGAUGACACGACGAGCAGCAGUCGUAUCUUUGUGAAGAUCAUGAUGCAGGAAAUGAUGGAGAGUAUGGGGCUCAAGAACCUUGCUGAGCGGUUUAAGGACCCCGAGGUCAAGCAGGGCUGCGCGGGCAUGUUCCCGAUGGAUAUUCCCAAAAACACCAGGUUCUCAAUCAAUUAUUUCACGAGUAUCGGUUUGGGUGUUUUGACAGAGGAGAUGAGAGAAUACCUCAAGAACGCGCCCAAGUUGAUCAUGGAGCAACGUCGUGCGAUGCUUGAGGCCGAAACGUCCUCUUCUUCCGACUCGGAUUCAGAUUCAGAUUCAGACUCCUCCUCAGACUCAGACUCCUCGUCUGACUCGGAUUCAUCCUCCGACGAGAGCUCCUCAGAUGACUCGCGCAGAGGUGGAGGCCGCAGUCGACGCCGUGACUCGCGCUCGCGCUCGAGGACACCCCCUCGUCGCCGGGGAGGCAGGGACGACUCCCGCUCACGUUCCCGCUCGCGUACGCGUUCGCGCACUCCUCCGCGACGCAAAUCGGACCGUUCGCCGCCGCCCGCUGCGUCGCGCCGUCGUGGCCAUUCUAGCUCGCGGUCUCGGUCGCGAUCGCGAUCGCCCCCACCUCCUCGCCGUAGGGGGCGCGAUGAGGAUGGUUCGAGGUCACCGCCGCCGCCUCCACGACGAGACCGGGGCCGGGACCGGGAUGCGUCGCCUGUGCCUCCUCCCCCGCGAGGUCCCAAUGGUAGGGAUAGAGAUAGGGAUAGGGAUAUGAUGGACACCAAGCUGGAUGGCUCCUCUCGUCGUCCGCGUUCGCUCUCGCCUCCACCUCCCCCGCGUGGUGGUGGUGGGUAUGGCCGUGAGCGUGAUCAGCGAGAUGGAGAUCGAUAUGGCCGAGCGUCGCCCCCUCCUCCUCCAGUCGGUGGCAGAGGAGGUAGGGAGAGGUCGCCUCCACCCCAUAUGCGGGACGAUAGGGCCAGGGAUAGGGAUGGAGGGAGGCGGUCGAGGUCCCCGCCUCCGCAUAUGUCUCGUGGUGGGGGCAGAGAUGAGCCGAGGCGCGAUGGUGGCUAUAGGGACCGUCCUCGAUCGCCCCCGAGGCAUGAACGCGAACGCGAACGCGAUAGGGAUAGGGAUGGAGGUAGAGGCGGGCCGUCUAGGGAACAGGAUAACGGAUACUCUCGCAGGCGCUAG